UUACAUAUGCUGUGAUUUCAAUAUCAGCUUUACUUAAUCGAAUAUCCGACUAACCUAGCCAGUCAAAUAAUGUUAACUAGGUUAACUAGCUAGCUAGUAGCGCAGAGAUACACCACCUUAUUGGUAGCAUAAUGCUAGCUAGGAAUUAGCCACAGAUGCUGUUUCCAUGGUGAUGGAACUUUACGUUUAACGACAAUUUACUGGCUAACGUUAGCUGUUGACAGCUUCAAGGAUGUAUAACUUAGCUAUUUAGCGCAACCUAGCUAGUUAACUACACUGACCGCUUGAUUACUAAUGUGAACAGAAAUGUCAUCGGAGUUUCAGCCCUCAGAUCGUCAGACUAGUUCUCUUUCUAGCAAUAAUGGCGCUCACGCUCAAUUACCACCGAAACAUAACGUUACAAAACUAACACAAGCAGGAACAACGGAGACCAAUGAUGACGCCUCUUCUCGGCUGAGAUUUAACAGCCUGACACUGGAUGAAUUGAGUGAGGAGCUUAAUAGGCGCACCAAGGAAACCCAGAGGCUUCAGGAAGAGGUGGAAAACGCAACCAAAAUAACCUUGGAGAGGUUUGCCUGCACAUAUGGCAUCAACAGCUCACCUGGACAAAGCUGCCACAACCACGGGAUGUUUGAUGUCUAUGACUCACCUGGGAAUACCGACCAGCAGGCAGUGACUCAGCCCCUGGUCUGUAAACUGGGUAGUUUAAACCAAGGGGAUAUCAGCUCUCCUGGAAAGGAGGUGUUUGAAAAUGCAAUAGAAGACUGUCUUCAACAGCUGUCUGACUUGCAGCUCAACAAGACACACAAUCAACCUGAACAAGAGCCAUUCAGUUUUGACAAAGCUAUCGUGAACUUGCAGACUAAGUUGCACAAAGUCCAGAAGGAGAAGGACAACCUGUCCAACCUCAGAUUGAAGGAUUCAAGGAUACACGUUGGUCAGAUGGAAAAGAUGCUGUGCAUGUUGGAGGCGCUCCAAAACAUCCAAAGGGCCGAGGACCAGAAGCUGCAGGAGACGGAGGAGGAGACGUUGGAACUUAACAGGAAAGUAGAGACAUUGGAACAAAAUGUAAAGGAGAUGUACUCACUUAUAUCUCCCGAGACCACUCCUGAUGUCGCCACUAGUUCAAGACCGCUAUCCCCAGCUGCUAAGGUAACUGAGGAUUUUAACGAUGAGACAGACGAGCUACAGGAGAGACUUUUUUUAUCAAAGCAUCUGGGGAGUGAGGAAUGCUGUGGCGUAAAUAAGCAAAAAGAAAGAAUGGAAGACCUGAUUGCAAGUCUUGGCCAGGAGAUGGCAUUGUUGACUGCCAAACUGAGCUCAUCAAAAAACAACAGUGUCAGCUUAAGUGUCAAGUUGGAGUUGCUAAAGGAACUUGCAGAGAGACAGACAUCACUGCGCCAGUGUCAGGUCAGUGAACUUGAGUCAACCCUCUGGAGCCAUACAAAUAAGGUUUGUUGUCUGGAGCAGCAGCUCAUUGAGGCUCAGUCCCAGCUGGUGGAUGCCCAAAGAGAGAGAGAGCGAUCUUUACAACAGACAGAGGAGCUUCGGUCCCAGCUUGGCCAAUUUAAGAGGUGCGGUGAGCAGCAGCAGUGUGAUCUCCAGGAGGAGGUGAAGGCCCUGAGUGGACAGCUGGAGGCGGCUAGAGAGGAGAAAAGCUGCAUACAGGCCAUGCUGGAGCAGAGGGCCUGGGAGGGGAGGAAAUCCCAGGAAGUCCUGGAGGAGAAAAACAAGGAACUCCAGUUUAGGCAGCAAGAAGCUCAGCACCACCUUGCCAGGUUGGAAGAGGCCCAAAGCCGAUGCCAGGCCCUACAUGCAGAAGUAGAGACACUGAGGCAGAGGCUGGGUGACCGAGAGAAGAUGAUAGAGAGCAGCAUCCAGAUAACAGUGCAGCACCGCAGCACCAUCGACGAACUUCACCAGGAGAACAGCCUCCUCAGCAACCAGCUAAACCAGCACAAGCUGGAGAUUCAGCAGCUCAGGGCUGAAUUGGACCGGCAUAAUUCAGACCUGGCUGCUGCAGAGCACGAGAGGCGGCAGCUACAGGCCUCUGUGGCUGAACAAAGUCAGCGUGUCCAGGAGGAAUCUCUGGAGAAACGACAGCUCACCAUCCAGCUGGAGGUGCAGUGCACGCAGUUGCUCACCCUCACUAAAAAGCACAAGGAGCUGCAACAGCUCCACAGCUGCAAGAGCGAGGAGCACGAGGGUGUGGUGCUGAAGCUUCAGAGUCAGCUGAGGAACGCCCAUGACGAGCUGGACCAGGUCGGGAGCGCCCUGAGGACCCUGGAAGGAGCUGACGGACACGGCCUCCAAGUAGCCGUGGACAUGCAGAAGGAGAUCACUGCCAGGAGAGAGCAGGUGGACUCCCUGCAGGGCAAAAUCCAACAUUUAGAGGAUAAGUUGUACCAGGAGAAGCGCUACCAGAGCCUGGAGAACCAGCGUCAGCUCAGGGAGCUUACCUUCGUCAGGGAGGAGAAGAGACUACUUGGCAACGAGCUGGAGGCCCUACGCUCCAAAGAUAAACAGUGGGAGCGGAUCAGCCAGCUGGAGGCAAUCCUUCACAAGAUGUCUGAGAGCUUUGCGGACUGUCAAGAUUUCAUCCAGCUGCAGGAGCAGGACUUCCUCCGUCUGAAACUCCAACAUGCCUUGGAUUUGAAGGAGCUCCAAGGUCAAAAUUUGCGCACAGCUCUGAAUGUACCUCCACCUGACCUGGACUCCCCAUCCCCAUCUGCACUCGCUGCUGCACCCUUCUCCCAGCGUGCCUCUGACACCCAGAUCACGCAGGAGAGCCCCGCCUGGGAACUCAGGUCUCUAGUCAAAGAGUUGCGAGAAGUGAUUUCGGAGAACCGCGGACCACACACAGAUAACAGGAGGAGGUCUGCACCGGAGAGAGUCCACAGAACCACGCGCUCAGUACUGACAAGGCAGAAGAAGUAAAAGCUGGCUCCAGAUUGAGAAGAAAAACCUGCAGCAGGUAGGGAAAGCACCCAAACCUAAUCAACUCAGUGUUGUGGUUUUUUAGUUUUGUUUUUAACGGUUUAAGCGUGACUUGUCUCGAGGCUAUGAGACGCUCACACGAUCUCACCACGUGACCUUGUAUACCUCAUGCAACGGCGCU